CGAUGUCAAGAUUACAAAAUCUCUGUUUAUCUGGAGCUAUUUUUGGGAUUUUCUUGGGGUUUUUUGGACGUUGCACAAACCGCCGCGGCCUCUGCACAAUGUGUUUCCUGCAGACCCUGAGGAAUCAGCGAGCGGCACCUUCCACAGAAGAUUGCGACAUGCCCAUUGCUCAUCACCACCUCCAUCGUUCCUCUCCGCCGCGGGCUCGGUGAUUGUAUUUCCUGGACUGAGCCUUGUGUGGACGCGCUCCACUUCUCCGGGAUCACCGCGCUACCAGCUCAGCCACAAUGCCAGACGAGGGGCAGAUGGGCAACUCUACGGUGGCCUCCACCACCUUCAUGACCCUGAACUAUGAUGAAGAACUCAUCACCAUCUGCAUGAAAACCAACAGCAUCAGUUUUGGGGCCACGGUGGUCCCCUUCUUCUUCUACAUGGUCUUCAUGAUCAGCCUUCUGGGCAACGGCCUCAUCUUAUUCCUUCUCCUGAAGUUCGAGAACGUUAAGACGGUGACCAACUUCUUCAUUCUCAACCUGGUGGUCUCAGACUUGUUGUUCACCCUCCCACUGCCCUUCUGGGGUUACUACCACAGCCAUCAGUGGAUAUUCGGGAAGACGUCUUGCAAGAUGUUGGCCUCCAUGUUCUACAUUGGCUUCUACAGCUCCAUCUUGUUCUUGACCAUGAUGACGGUGGACCGCUACAUGGCAGUUGUUCAUGCCAUCUACUCCACCAGGACCAGGAACCUGCUCUACGUCUGUGUGGUCAGUGGCACAAUUUGGGUGGUCAGCUUCUUCUCCGCCAUCCCAAAAUUCAUCCUGUACGGGACGAGAGAGGAUUCAAUUUUGGGGGUGUUGUGUGGGGAGACGGGGUUCAACAUAGAUAAGAUCAACUCCUGGAAGCUGGUGGGCUACUACCAGCAGCUGGUGAUGUUCUUCGUGUUGCCGCUGAUCAUCGUCCUGUACUGUUACACGCUGAUCGUCAUCAAGCUGCACUAUUCCAAGAUGCACAACAAGGACAAGGCCAUCAAGCUGAUCUUCUUCAUCGUGCUGGCGUUCUUCCUCUGCUGGACCCCAUACAACAUCAUCAUCUUCAUCAAGGCCAGGCAGAUCUCCGAGGAUUACUCAGAUGACGACUGUGACGAAACCAUCGACUACGCGUUUUUCAUUUGCCGCAACAUCGCCUACUUCCACUGCUGCAUCAACCCGUUCUUCUACACCUUUGUAGGGACCAAGUUCCGUAGACACCUGUCCCUGGUGCUGGGGCGGUGGGUGAUGUGCGGCUCCAGGUCCAGUCGGUCCAGUCUAAGCAGCAAGACCAGCGACUACUCCCCGCAGACCGUCUACGAGUGAGGUGGACCCACAGUGAUCCCGGGGCUCCGAGGACUACAGCGCAAUGCUUCAUGUAGAGAUAGAUUAGUAUUGUGACCAGGUCUUCAGUGCUGUGUCCAUAGUGAGACCCCCGAGGACACAACGGGGGGGGGGGGGGGCAGAAGACGUCACUAUAACCGCCAGAGAUUGUACUGUAUUACCAUGUAUCCACAGCGCUGAAUAAACGGACAA